CUUCCUUCUAUCCAGCAGCCAGCUAGCUCGCUCGCUUGGCGAUCGCUCCACCAGUGUGGCUGGAAAACCAGCAGGUGUUUCUCCUUGUAACAAUUGCACAUAUGGCCCCUUCCUCUCGCUUCUCGUUAGCUCCUCGCGGUAGCUUCCUGCUCACAGUAGCGCUACUGGUCCUACUGCUGAGCCACGGAACUCACGGUCAUGGCGCCGGGCUGAGCUCGUCCUUCUACGACGGCUCGUGCCCAGGCACGCGCGACAUCGUCAGGCGAGUUAUCCAGGACGCCCGCGUCACCGACGCCCGUAUCCCGGCCAGCCUCAUCCGCCUUCACUUCCACGACUGCUUCGUCAACGGCUGCGACGGCUCGCUUCUGCUGGACGACGACGCCCAGGCAGCGAUUAUGACCGAGAAGAACGUCCCCGCCAACGACAACUCAGCACGCGGGUUCGGCGUGGUCGACGGGAUCAAGCGUGCGUUGGAGAACGCCUGCCCCGGCGUCGUCUCCUGCGCCGACAUCCUCGCCCUCGCCGCCGAGAUCUCCGUCGAGCUGGCCGGAGGCCCGUCCUGGACCGUCCCGCUGGGCCGCCGUGACGGCACCACCACCAACAUCGAGAGCGCCAACAACCUCCCGAGCCCCUUCGACCCCCUCGAGACGCUUCAGGAGAAGUUCAGGAACCUGGGCCUUGACGACACCGACCUCGUCGCUUUGCAGGGGGCUCACACCUUUGGGCGCGCGCAGUGUCAGUUCACACAGAGAAACUGCACGGCUGGGCUUAGAGAGGGGUCGCUGGUGAACCUUGACGGCGUCACACCCGACGUGUUUGACAAUAAGUACUAUGGCAACCUCCUACAGGGUCGUGCCCAGCUUCCGUCGGACCAGGUGAUGUUGUCUGAUCCCGUCGCGGCAGGGACCACCGCACCGAUAGUUCGAAGGUUCUCCGGUAACCAGAAGGACUUCUUUAGAAACUUCGCGGCUUCGAUGGUUAAAAUGGGGAACAUAAGUCCACUGACCGGCAGGGAUGGGGAUAUUAGGAAGAACUGUCGGAGGGUGAACAAGAAACCCUAUUGA